CAGCAGUGGUGGAUAAAAUGCCUUCACGCGCGGCAGUGAGCGGGAAGGAGAGAAGGUGCCCGAGCGCAACAAGAGUAUGUCGCGGCUGUACGAGUUGAUGUGGCGGAUGCUGCACGCGCUGCUCUGUCUGCACCGCGCGCUCACCUCCUGGCUCCGCGUUCGGUUCCGCACCUGGAACUGGAUCUGGCGGCGCUGCUGCCACACCUGGAACUGGAUCUGGCGGCGCUGCUGCCACACCUGGAACUGGAUCUGGCGGCGCUGCUGCCGCGCCGCUUCUGCCGUGGUCCUAGCGCCGCUUGGCUUCACGCUCCGCAAGCCCCCGGCGACUGACGGGAACCGCUGUUACCACAGGCACCCGCGCGGGGACUCGUGCCUGGCCGCCGCCCACCACCGGCUGCGCUGGCGCGCGGACGGCCGUUUCCUGGAGAAGCUGCCUGUGCACAUGGGCCUGGUGUUCACCGAGGCGGAGCAGGAGCCCAGCUUCUCGGAUAUCGUAAGCCUCGUGGUGUGGCGUAUGGCCGUGGGCAUCUCCUACAUUGGCGUCUACGACCACCAAGAGACAAGGUCUUGCUAUGUUGCCCAGGCUAGCCUGUAACUCCUGGCCUCAAGUGUCCCUCCUGCCUUGACCUCCCAAAGUGCUGGGAUUACAGAAUAAUAUGGAGGGAGGACUCAAGAUGGCGCUGUGAGAACAACCCAGGAUUGGAGCUCUCUUUGAGUCCGUGGAGAGGUGAGUCGGAG